GUUGCGUUGAGUUUGAUCUUAUUGAUUAUAUACAACUUUUCGGGCCAAAUUCUAACUAGCCGAGAGAGAAGAGAAGCCAAAUCCAGAGACGCUGCUGCAAGAAGUGCUAGAGAAAUAGCGCAAGCUCGUGAGAGGUGGAAAGCUGCUAAAGAUCUUGCAAAGAAGCAUGCACUAGGACUAUCCCGAACGUUCCGUCGAAAGUCAUCUCUUAAGAGCUCCGACCAACAUGAUUCAGAUGUGCCUCUAAAACUAUCAAAUCCAUCAACAUCAAUGAACAAAGAGCAGAUUAAUGUUUCUGAGAUGGUAAAUUCAAUUGAGGAUUACCCUGAGAGCAGUGGGAGUUUCCAUGUGCAAAUAGGUGAAACAAAUAUUGAAAAGAAUAUGCCCAAAGGAAAGCAAAUGCAUACUCGUAGCCAAAUCUUCAAGUAUGUAUAUGCUCAAAUUGAAAAAGAAAAGGCCAUGCAACGGCAAACCAACAAUUUGACUUUUUCAGGGGUGGUUGCAUUGGCCACUGAUAAUAAAAUAAGAACUAGACCUGUAAUUGAAGUUGCUUUCAAGAAUCUAACCCUAACUCUGAAAGGAAGUAAAAAGCAACUCCUAAAGAGUAUAACAGGGAAAUUAAUGCCUGGUCGUGUGGCUGCUGUUAUGGGUCCAUCAGGAGCAGGAAAAACAACAUUUCUCAAUGCCCUGGCUGGCAAGACAACAGGAUGUGAUGUGAGUGGUUCAGUUCUGAUAAAUGAUAAAGCAGAGUCUAUCCGAUCAUAUAAGAAAAUCAUUGGUUUUGUGCCACAAGACGAUAUUGUGCAUGGAAAUUUAACCGUAGAAGAAAAUCUAUGGUUCAGUGCACGGUGCAGGUAUGGUAGCUUAUAUGCACAUGGAUUG